AUGGCAAAGUUGGAUUCUUUGAAAUCCAGCGAUUUCUGGGGCUUCUUCCCAGUGAGGAAUUUCUUGAUGCCCAUCUUCUGCUUCUUCUCGGUUGAAGCUGGAGGCAUGGCUGGAUUAGCUUCCACGGGGCAUAAGGGUCGGCGACCAGUGAUGGCAGUGGAUGUCUUUUGCCAUGUUCCCCAGUAUGGUGGGCGGUUGUUCUCCUCAAACUGGAAAAGCUUUGCUUUCAGUCUCUUCCCAUCACUCCGAAAGUGGAGGCGAUUCCGAGCUAGCAUGGCCUUGAAGGGGAUAAAAGUGAUUGAGAUGAGCGGUCUUGCGCCAGCCCCAUUCUGCGGGAUGAUCCUGGCCGACUUUGGAGCCUCGGUCAUUCGCAUCGAUCGGGCUAGAGCGUUGAUGGAUGUGGAUAGGCUGGGGCGAGGCAAGAGGUCGAUUGCCCUGAACUUGAAGAUGCCCCAGGGUCGUGCAGUGGCACACCAACUGUGUAGGAGGGCAGAUGUACUCAUUGACCCUUAUCGAAGAGGUGUGAUGGAGAAGCUUGGCUUGGGACCUCAGGUAUUGCUGUCUGAAAACCCUAAGCUCAUAUAUGCACGACUCACAGGAUUUGGACAGAAUGGGCCGUUGGCAGACCGAGCAGGACAUGACAUCAACUACCUAGCACUUUCUGGUGUUCUAUCCAUGCUUGGCAGAAGCAAUGAGUCACCCCUGCCUCCAGUGAAUUUGUUGGCAGACUUUGCUGGUGGAGGACUGAUUUGUGCUCUGGGAAUUGUCAUGGCCCUAUUCCAUAGAACACGCUCAAAUCAAGGUCAGGUUAUCGAUACAAGCAUGGUGGAAGGAGCAGCUUAUGUUAGCAGCUGGCUUUAUAAGUCACAGGAUUUGUUUGUGUGGGGGAAGCCAAGGGGGCAGAAUGCCUUGGAUGGAGGAGCAUACUUUUACCAAACUUAUGAAACAAAAGACUCCAAGUAUAUGGCAGUGGGGGCCCUGGAACCUCAGUUCUUCCAUGAAUUUAUUUCCAAGCUGGGCCUUUCACCAUCUGAAUUUGAACACUUUAGCAAGUGGGAGGAAAACAAAGAACACAUUGCAGCUAUUUUCAGGACCAAGACUCAGGAAGAAUGGGAGAAGAUAUUCCACGAGUCAGAUGCAUGUGUGACACCUGUGCUGGAGAUGAAAGAAGCCCCUCAGCAUCCACAUAAUGUGGCCAGGGAAUCUUUCUUCGCAAAUGAAAAAGGGGAACUGGAACCAUCUCCUGCACCUCACCUGUCCGAAGUCCCCUCACAAAAAGCCACCCAUAGCCCUGUGAUUGGGGAAAAUUCAAGAGAAAUCUUGGCAGAACUUGGCUUUGGAGAGUCUUGGAUACCAGAGGUGAUGCAAAACAUAAAGCUCCUAAAAAGUGCUUUGAGGAAGACGGUGAAGGAAAAGUUGCGCCAAUUGUCCAUUGAGGAAAGGGCCCGACAAUCUCUUGUCGUCACCACUAUGCUUCUGAAUACAGAUGCAUACAAGAAUGCCCAACGAGUGUCCCUCUACCUGAGCAUGGAGGAUGAGAUUGACACCCGUCCCAUUGUGGAGGAUGUGUUUGCGCAAAAGAAAUCCUGCUUUAUACCUAGGUAUGAAAAGGGCUCCCCAAGAAUGGACAUGGUGGAAUUGUACUCCCUAAAAGACCUGGAAAGUCUUCCUUUGAACUCUUGGGGCAUCAAGCAACCACCCCUGGAGGAUUCUAGGCCAAACGCCCUGGAAUCAGGUGGCUUGGAUCUUGUACUUGUGCCCGGCUUGGCAUUCACACGAGACGGAUUGCGCCUCGGAAGAGGUAGAGGUUACUACGACCGCUUCCUUACCGAUUGCUUUCAGUUGCCUUGCAAACCCUCCACCAUAGCAUUGGCUUUUAAGGAACAGAUUUUUGAAGUGGUUCCUGUUGAAGAGUCUGACUUCCACAUCAGUCAUGUUCUCUUUGAAGGCUUGCAAUGAGCCGAGAGAAGCAUAGUUUUUCUCAAGUAGGAAUCAUUAGAGCAGUCAAAAGAAAAAAUUGGUGAGAUGGAGGAUCGAAUCUUUAGCAAUGCGCUUUUGAGGCAAUAUCUGUGCCCCUUGUAACCUUUGAGUGAUACAUGAGAUUCGUCCAGAUUUUUCUUUUGGUAUUUUUUUCUCAGUAAAACUCUGUCAAAAGCUAAGCAAUUUUGGGUUUUAUUAGGUUUUCAUUGUUUUAUCAAUUCUUAAAUUAAGCAAUUACUUUGAAAGUAUGAGGGAAAACAAAGGGCCAGAAACUAUUUUCUGCCUUGAAAAUUGCUGUUGCAGACAAUUCUGAGUUCAUUUGCAUAAUUUCUCCUAUCUGGGAAAGACGGUAAUACACUUUGGUUCUGCAUGCCCCACGAAACAGUUCAAAUUAAUUCAAUUUGAAGGCAUUCUUUUUUAUUAUAGUCAUUUCUCAUGACAGCAGUUUUACUAUCGACCUUUUGCCAAACUUGUCCUUCCUAUCAUCCUGAUCCUGAGAAUCCUAUUUUCUCUUUCAUGGUUGAACCUCUUUCAACCUUACAUUCAAUAUUCCUAAUUAUGUUUUAAAAAGAUGUUAUCAUCAUUCCUUACAGUCCAAAUUCAGUCCUCUUCAAAUAAGGCGCUUCUGGAGAGGAAUAGUUACCCCGUUAAUAUUCAUUUAUGUCUUUUAAUUUAUCCCUUACGCC